AUGGCAGCGCUGCCAUGCAGGGUUGCUCCCACCGCCACAGCCAUCCUUCCCAAUGGAACCUGCGCGUAGUGGAACCACCCCCACCACCACCACCAGCAGCCCCCCUUCGGCCUGGUUCCCCAACCCCACCCUACCCCACCCACCUCCACAGCUUGUCCUGCGUCCUCCGAGCCAGGCCGUGGGACAGUCAUUAACCACCAGGAGCAGCAGCUGCAGCAGGAGCUGGUAGCUCUCAAACACAAGCAGCAGCUCCAGAGACAGCUACUGAUCGCUGAGUUCCAGAGGCAGCAUGAACAGCUGUCGCGACAACAUGAAGUCCAGCUGCAGGAACAUAUCAAGCACCAACAGGAUUUACUGGCACUCAAGCACCAACAGGAGCUGUUGGAGCACCAGAGGAAGAUGGAGCAGCAGCGUCACGAGCAGGAGAUGGAGAAGCAGCAGCGGGAAUACAAACUCCAACAGCUCAAAAAUAAGGACAGGGGGCAGGAGAGUGCAGUCGCCAGUACAGAGGUUAAGAUGCGACUUCAGGAGUUUGUCCUGAACAAGAAGAAAGCACUGGCUCAGCGAAACCUAAACCACUGUCUGCCCAGCGACCCACGCUUUUGGUAUGGAAAAACCCAGCACAGCUCUUUGGACCAGAGCUCUCCUCCCCAGACAGCAUUGUCAGCGUACAACCACCCGAUGCUGGGCACAUACGACUCAAAAGAUGACUUCCCUCUCCGCAAAACAGCGUCUGAGCCCAACUUAAAGCUUCGUUCCCGGCUAAAGCAGAAGGUGACCCGCAGUAGCCCUCUGCUCCGGAGGAAAGAUGGCCCCAUCACUACUGCCAAGAAGCGCUCCCUAGAUGUGGCUGAGUCUGCAUGCAACAGUGCACCAGGCUCAGGUCCCAGCUCCCCCAACAACAGCUCCAGUAACAUCCCCAGUGAGAACGGUGUCACCAUCUCCAGCAGCCCAGGAGAGGCCUCCUUGCUUCAGAGGUUGGCUGCAAGGGAAGGUUCAGUUAGCCAGCUCUCUCUCUACACCUCCCCUUCUCUGCCCAACAUCACCCUGGGACUGCCAGCCACAGGCCCUGCUAGCACUGUGGUAUCGGGACACCAAGAUGGUGAGAGUCGUCUGGCAUUGCCUGCGCUACAGCAGGGCAUUCCCCUGACCCCUCCAUUCCUGCCCUCUGCCCACCUGCCCUCCUACUUGACAUCCUCAGCUCUGGACAGGGAGGGAGCUGGAGGGGGCACGGCUGGCCACAACCCCCUCCUCCAACACAUGGUGCUGCUGGAGCAGGGCCACAAUCCAAUGGUGGGAAUGGGUGGCCUCCCAAUACCAUCACCCUCGGUCUCCAAACUUGCACGGGGCCACCGUCCCCUAGGAAGAACCCAGUCAGCCCCUCUGCCCCAGCAGCAAUGUGGCCAGGCCCAGGCCCUGCAGCAACUGGUGGUCCAGCAGCAGCACCAGAUCAUGUCCAAGCCCAGUGAUCAGGUCUCGAGUGCAAGCUCCAGCGCCUCAGGGCCAGUCAGGCAGCACCAAAGUCACCCCGAGGAAACAGAAGAGGAACUCAGGGAGCACCAAGGGCUCUCCUCCUCCUCCUCGUCCUCCUCCUCUACGUCUGUGCAGGAGACGGGGCCUCUGCGAGGGCUGGUCAUCAAGCAGGAGCCCCCAGACCCCCAAGAGCAGGAGGAGAGGGAGCAGAGAGAAAGACAGGCCGAGAAGGACUUCCUGUUCCGACAGCAGCAGGCUCUGCUGCUAGAGCAGCAGCGGAUCCACCAGUUGAGGAACUACCAAGCCUCCAUGGAAGCAGCCGGGUUAUCAGUCAGCUUCGCCGGUCACCGCCCCCUCUCCAGGGCUCAGUCCUCUCCAGCCUCCGCCUCCUUCCCCAUGGUAGUACAGGAGCCAGCUGCCAAACCUCGAUUUACAACAGGUCUGGUGUAUGACUCUUUGAUGCAGAAGCACCAGUGUAUGUGUGGGAACACAACCAGUCAUCCAGAGCACGCUGGCCGCAUCCAGAGUAUCUGGUCCCGACUACAAGAAACAGGCCUCAGGGCGCACUGCGAGUGUAUCCGAGGUAGGAAGGCCUCACUGGAGGAGUUACAGACGGUCCACUCUGAAGCCCAUGUCCUGCUGUACGGAACCAACCCACUGCGCCAGAAACUAGACUGUUCAGUGAGUCCCAUGUUUGUGAGGUUACCAUGUGGAGGCAUAGGGGUGGACAGCGACACCAUUUGGAACGAGGUCCAUUCGUCCAGUGCGGCUCGUCUGGCCGUCGGCUCCGUGGUGGAGCUUGUCUUCAAAGUAGCAUCGGCAGAACUGAAGAAUGGUUUUGCUGUAGUUCGACCACCUGGACACCACGCUGAGGAGAGUACGCCUAUGGGGUUCUGUUACUUCAACUCAGUCGCCAUAGCAGCCAAGCUCCUGCAGCAGAGGCUCAAUGUCAGUAAAAUCCUCAUUGUGGACUGGGAUGUUCACCAUGGAAAUGGUACCCAGCAGGCCUUCUACACAGACCCCAGUGUUCUCUACCUGUCACUGCAUCGCUACGAUGAUGGGAACUUCUUCCCUGGCAGUGGAGCACCUGACGAGGUGGGCAGUGGAGCAGGUGUAGGCUUCAAUGUGAACAUGGCCUUUACUGGAGGAAUAGAACCUCCCAUGGGUGAUGCAGAGUACCUGGCUGCAUUUAGGACGGUGGUUAUGCCUAUUGCCAAUGAGUUUUCCCCAGACGUGGUUCUGGUAUCUUCAGGCUUUGAUGCGGUAGACGGACAUGCUUCACCCCUUGGAGGAUAUAAACUGACAGCCAAAUGCUUUGGCUACCUGACCAGGCAGCUGAUGGGUCUGGCAGGCGGUCGAGUGGUGCUUGCCCUGGAGGGGGGUCAUGACCUCACUGCCAUAUGUGAUGCCUCAGAAGCCUGCGUCUCCGCUCUGCUAGGCAAUGAGUUGGACCCCAUUCCUGACGAGGUGCUGCAGCAGAGACCGAAUGCCAAUGCUGUCCACUCUAUGGAGAAAGUUCUCGAAGCUCACAGUAAAUACUGGCGCUCGCUGCAGCGCUCCGCCUCCACACUCGGUUGCUCGUUGAGCGAAGCCCUUCAGCGUGACACAGAGGAAGCUGAGACUGUCUCCGCUAUGGCCUCACUGUCUGUCGCCAACAAGCACAUUGGAAAGAGGGCUGAAGAGGAACCAAUGGAAGAGGAAGCUCCUAUGUAAAGAAACAUCCCCUUUGACCACUGUGACCACUGAGACCAGUCUUCAUCUUUGACAGUGUCCUCAUCCAGUCAGUGUCAAUUUAAAUGCCACUCCUAUGUCUCACCCCUGCCAUGUCGAGAAGGCAUGUUAUUAUGGGAGAGAACAAGCAGAGCUGACUAAAGUGGUGCUCAAAGGAAACGGAAAACUGAUGAGCGAUGCAUUCACUGAUCAGCAUUGCACAGACUGAUCAGCAUAAAUGUGUUGGAUAUAAGAGGAUUGACUCAACCCAUCCCACAAUGACAACCUCGAGUGCCAGUGCUUUUAAAACACUAGACAAGAUGUACUUUUUGAAUGCCAGUCGGAACCAUUCACAGACAAUCUGCAGUCAUCUUCUUUUCUUAUUAUUCUGUUCUUUCUGUGCUUUAUCUUCAUCUUCUCACUUUUUGAUGUGAUUGUGACUCUGCACUAUGGAUGAAUCAUUCCUGCUCUUUUAAGAUAUCCAGAUGAAUGGAACAAAGUGGUUGAAUUUUUUGGAGCUUCUGAUUCCAAAAGGACUGACAGUGAAAGACUGCGUUCGUGCCUUUUUUUUUCUUUUUCUUUCUUCAAACCUGGCAGAUUUUCUGUUGAACUCUACUGAAAGAGCUUUGCCUUAAAAAAAACAGGUUUGGGAACGCGGCCUCUUCUCCCCAGCCCCUUAAACAUUUCUAUCCUGCUAUCCUGGCAAGACAUCCAUUGCCUGCAUGUUGUUGGCACAUAGACUGGAGGACCUUGGCAUGUUUACCUAUAAUUCUCUGCAAGCAGCCUACUGUCUCUUCCUGUACCUCCAUCUUUCCUUUUUCUUCCCCCCUCAUUUUUAACAAUAUCAGCUUAGAGGAGAGUUCCCAGCCACAAGUUGAAGGUGGUUCAGUUUUGAAAAGGAAGUUAAAUGUGGGAUUAGUAUUAUUCAGUGUAACCGUGUAUCAGGUACAGUUCCAUAACCAGAGGAAACUUCUUUAGACUGGGUGGGGGGGAGUUUCACAUUCACAACUAUGAGCAAUUUAGAGUUGCCAAAUACAUAAAAGAAACAUAACCUGCAUGUCUUUGGACUGAGGGAGGAUGCCGGAGAAAUCCAGCACAGGCAAGGGGGGUUUUAAUAGUCAAAAACAAUAGUGGAAAAUAAUUGAAAUUACAUUUUUGUGCAAAAGACUUUCAUAAGGUCCCUGCAACACUGUAAAUAAAAUCUUGAUCUUAACAUCUUAAAUAAUAUCUUGACAGCACCAUAUGUUUGCUCAGCAAAACAAUAUGACAGUAUGGAAACAUAGGCUACUUUAGUCAUCAAUAAAACUACACUGACAGCACAGUCGUUUUUUAAGUGUUACUGUUGGUUGAAAGCUGUAUUUAAACUACAUUUUGUUCAUUUGGAGAGGCUGUCUGAAUCCAAACCUUCAGCCACAACAGUUCAAUAAGCCUACAGACAAAAUAACACAAGACACUAUACAAUAUAUACCAAAAACAUCUGGAAAGUGACAGGGACACACGUAGACGUGACUGAAAACAACAUUACACAUAAUACACCUCACCUGCAUUUGGGUGGGGGGGAGUUGCUGUUGCACCUCUCCUUCCUUUGGCUGUGUCUGAGGGCAGCAUGUCUGUGUGGAAUCUCCUCAGCACCAGGCGGAACAAGGCUCAGCGCCUUACAUGCACGGUGCAUCAAUCAACGAUUAGACAAUAAUGAAACCAAAGCGCGAUGGACUUUCAUCUCUGUAGAGUCCAACCACUUAAUUUUUACCUUACAACCAGUCUCACUUUUUGCAGAUGAAUGAGGGAUAGAGGGGAAUUAAUCUCAUAUGGGCCAAUUUGUUGAACCAGCCCUCUCAUUUAGACGACUGCGUCUCCUUGGUAACAAUGACCAUACCACCUGGGAUUUUCCAGUGCUGCACAGACUCUCACAGCUGGUUUAACAUCUUUAGCUUCUUGUUAAGCACAUCUGCUCCCCAAAUGUCUAGGUGCUGUGAGGCAGGUGUGUGUACAUCUGUUCAUAGACAGUGAAGCGCAAGCUGCUCUUUAUAAAUAUUCAAGUGUAUACAUAUAUUUUUAUAGUUGUUUUUCCUUUUCUCUUGACCAGUGAUACAGCCAGUGGGUUAAGCUCAUGCAUAAUGAAUAACCUUACAUCUUUGAAUAGCACAUGUAGCUCAGAUUCUGCUCUGGAUUCUGAAUCCUCCUUUAGGAUUGGGUUUCAAAAACAUUAGUCAAACAAAUCUGCAUUACAAAUCUGAAUCCUUUUGAAUCAGUUCUGUAUCUUAAAUAUCUUAAUAUUUAAGAAGAGCUUAAUGAAUUUGGGUUCUUUACCAACUGGGGACUUCACUUAAACUUAACUGGCUAACAGUGCCUAACCCUACUAGCCAGACUACACAGACUACACAACGCAUCAGCCACCAGCCUAGUUGGCAUAAUUA